ACAGAAGAAUCAGAUAGCGGAAGUGCAUUUGGUUCACCAACUUUAUCAGAAGCUUUAUGGCCUGGACAGGAAGCUCCAGCAGCAACAGAAGGAGUUGGAUGUGGUUCAUCAGCAGCUGUUGGGCUCUGGGGCUCGUCAGCAUCCGAUUGCUCGAGAGUUGUUUCAACAAGUCUAUGUUUCCAAGCAACAAGUUAAACACCAGAACCAAGAACUAAGGAGGUUAAGAACUGAGCUUCGAACCAAACUGGAACCCAUUCAGAUGAAGUGGUCCAGUCAACUUCGAGAACUAUUUCACUACGGUCUUUGUAGGAGUAAUUGUAAUCUCUCAGAAAGUGCAGUCACCAAGCCACUAUUCUGUUUUCCCCAGUUUCCUCAAAAUGACUGCUUUUCCAGCAUAGGGUACGAGACUUUUGUCCAAUCACAGUUUUCUCCUGAUCAAGGAAUCUGUAGAGGCAGGAAUAUUUCCUUUUCCCAGGUACUAAAUAAUGUGGCUGUAAACUGUGACCAACCUACAAACCUGGAACAAGGUCUCAUUUAUCAUUCUUUAGAAAAUCAGCAGUCUUUUCCAUGCAUGGGAGAUUACUAUUCACACAGCUCAGAAGUAACCCAAUCUUCACCUCACACCUCUUCCACGUAUACUCCAAGAAGCCAUGGCCAACACCCAUUUCUGAUGCACCCUUCCAGUACGUGUGACUCGCAGGAACUUAGCCAGAUUGCUGUAAGCUAUCCCCUGGAUGGUAGUUCCCUGUCUCCUGAUACUUUUGUCACACAUUCUGGUUUGUACACUGGAGAAUUUGCCAAUAAUCGUUGAAGUUACUUUUACGUGAAUUCAAUGACAAAUAACUUUGAUAAGUGGCUUUGGACGAGUUACGAUGUUAAAAUCUUGUACAAUUUAGGCGUUUUUAAUAUAUUUUUUUCACUUUGUUUAAGUUUUUAAGAGAUUUUAGUUUUAAUUUACAUCCAUUAUCUGUUGUAUUUAUCACAGCAACCUUUUUUUGUCAUUUAACUUUAUGUUGUUAUUGUUUAACAUAACAAUGUUUUGGAGCAUAUCCACAUAUUAACAUAACAUUUUGGGACAACAUGGGGCCUAUUGGUCCAUCUCGGCUGUUCCAUCCUCUAAACUAAAUUAAAAUAAUUUUUAAAAAUCUUAAAACUAGCCCUUAUCAUUCAUAUACUUAUCGAGCUUUUUCUUAACCUCACUUACAUUUACUGCUUCUACAACAUCUGAAGGCAACUCAUUCCAAAGGCCAACAACCGUUAGAAAAAUGAAACUGUCUUAGCUGAAGAUGACUCCAACCUUGCCUAAAUUUAUAUUUGUGUCCACUAGUCCUACUAUU